UGCCCCGGCGUCGUGCGCUACCACCCGGAGUUCCUGUCGGAAGCCGAGGCGACGGCGCUCGCCGCCGGCUGCCGCGCGCUCCCGGGCUGGGUCGCGACGCCGCGGCGCCGCGUGCUAUCCGCCGGCGGCGCGCCGCAUCCGUCCGGCGCGUGGGCGGAGCCGCUGCCGCCGUGCCUCGCCGGCCUCGCGGCGCGCGUCGCCGCCUACUUCGGCGGCCGCGCGCCGCAGCAGGCGCUCGUCAACGAGUACGCGGCCGGCGGCGGCAUCGACGCGCACCGCGACGGCCCGCUCUACGAGGGCCUCGCGGUCGUCGUGUCGCUCGGGUCGUCCGCGCGCCUCGACUUCUCGCGGCGCGGCGAGCGCGUCGCGUCCGUCGUCCUGCGCCCGCGGAGCCUGCUGGCCUUCUCCGGCGACGCCUACGAGGGCCUCGAGCACGCCAUCGCCGCCGUGCCGGCCGACGCCGUCGACGGCCUCGUCCGCAACCGCGACGCCGCGGCGUGCGCCGUCGGCGACGUCGUCGCGCGGUCGCGGCGCCUGAGCGUCACCUUCCGC